CGUCUGUCAAAUUUAAGUUACACAGCUUGUGUGCCAGGUGUGAAAAUGCUUUGAUGUCUUUCGUAAACAUGAAAAACUGCAUUAAAUUUUACCAAUCGGCUGAAGAGAUGGGUGCUGAUAUCUUGAAAAAUCAUUGCUCAGAAUUAAUUUCCAACCAUUGGAAUGAUUUUACCAGUGAAGAUUUUGUAAGUAUGCCAGCUCCCCUCUUGUACAAAAUGUUUAAAUCCAAGUCCGAACAUGUGUUACACACUGCCAUUCGUGCACAAAGAGAAGAUGUCGUGUUCCUUUACCUCAUCGAAUAUGACUCUCAGUUGAGCAUUAAAUUGAAUGAACUGGACAGUCGUGGGGACAUUCCUCUGGACAUGGCCUUGCAAAGCAGGCAGGAAAGUAUUGCCAACACAUUGGUUAACAACAAGGCUGAUGUGAACCGAAGGGACAAAUCUGGACGGAGUUUAUUACAUAAAGCUAUCAAAAGAGGUGAUGAAUUCUCUUCGACUUUUUUAAUCCACAACAAAGUAGACAUUAAUGCAGUCACCCAUCUUGACCAAGAAAGCCCACUUCACAUGGUGGCUUCAUUUAAUCCGGAAAACACAGAUCAUGUGACAAUUGAUGGCAUGGCACGUGUCUGUCAGGAAUUGCUUCAGAAUGGAGCUAACAUAAAUGCUCAAUGUACAGAAGGCAGUACUCCACUACAUCGUGCCAUUUCCUGCAAGAAUGUGGCUGUGUUUGAUGUGCUCCUAAAACAUGGUGGCCUCAGCUUGGAACUGAAGAAUUCUGAUAGUUACACAGCUUUAUGGUUGGCUCUACAGUCUGAAGAACAAAACAUUACGGAUGAUCAAGGGUUUGGGGAAGAGAGUUUUGCAGCAAAACUUUUGAAAGCUGGAAGUUCUGUAAAUACUGUCAAUUCGGAAUCGGGUGAUUCUUUAUUAAUGCAGACCAUUCGUUCGGGGAAUGAAGCUGCUGGUAUAUUCCUUGCCAUGCAUGGAGCCCUUGUCAAUACAGCUAAUCACAAAAAUGAAACUGCCUUGCAUGUUGCCUGUGAAAAGGGUCUAGUUCAUCUGGUUCAAGUGCUUCUCAGUAAUGGGGCUAACCCCAAUACUCAAACAUCUGCCCAGCUGAACACACUCACUUUGGAUGAUGAGGAACAAAUUCCAGUCACCAAGCAAACCCCAUUGCAUUUGGCCAUCCUUAGUAAACGUGAAGAUAUUGUUGAUGUUUUCUUACAGCACAAAGCCAAAUACGCAAAUAGCAAUGAUUCCUUGAUGAUUGUUCCCAACUUCAACCUAAAAGAUUCACAAGGCCAAAGUGUCCUCGGACUAGCCUUGUGGAAUAACCUUCACAGUACAUCCAUCCGCCUGCUUUCUGCUGGUGCUAAUAUCAAUGAGACCAACACAGAAAACUUGACCCUUUUACACCAAGCACUCUUAAAGCAGGAUAUUGUUAGUGCCCUCUUUCUGCUUGACCACCAGGUGGACACGUCAGUACUGACUCCUGAAGGAGACCUGCCCCUCCAACUGGCUAUCAAGCGUCACUUACCUGUCAUCGUGGAAGCCUUAUGUGCUAAGGGAGUUAACAUGAACAUUGUUGAUGUGGAUAACAAUUCUCCCUUGUGGUUGGCUCUUGACUCCGGACAGGAAGAUAUUGCACAUAUUUUGGUGAAACAUGGUUGUGAUGUGGACAUGUGGGGUCCAGGCCCUGAAGGAUGUCACCAGAACCUGCUGCACCGGGCAAUAGACGAGAACAAUGAGUCAGUGGCCUGCUUUCUCAUUCGAAGCGCAUGUGACAAAAAUAGUCCCAGGAGGCCUGGUCCUAAUGGAGAAGGAGGUGAAGAGGCCAGAGAUGGGCAGACCCCGCUUCACUUGGCUUGUGCCUGGGGCCUGGAACUGGUGGUUCAGUGUCUUAUGGAACAUGGAGCUGAUGUCAACAUUCAGGAUGCAGAUGGCAAUUGUCCCUUGCAUAUUGCCAUCCAGAACCAACACUCAGUGAUCAUUUCGUUGUUACUUGCCCACCCCAAUCUCAUCCUGUCCCUGAAGAAUCGACAAGGGUACAGCCCAUUUGCAGUAGCUAUGAUGACCAAAAACAACAAGGCAGCCCAGGCCAUCUUGAACCGAGAGCCAACAGCAGCAGAACAGACAGACAACAAAGGCCGAAACUUUCUGCAUACAGCCAUCACAAAUGGGGAUAUUGAGAGUGUAUUGUUCUUAAUCAGUGUUCAUGCCAAUGUCAAUUCUCGUGUUCAAGAUGCUCACCAACAUACGCCCCUUCAUCUUGCCGUUUUGGCACUCUCAGAGAUUAUUGUUCGCAAUUUGUUACUGGCUGGGGCUAAUGUCAAUGAUCGGACAUUACGUGGGGAAACAGCAUUACACCUGGCAGCUACCAAUGACAAUGCUAACAUAAGCACAGCACUCAUAGAAAAUGGUGUAGAUAUUGAUGCUCUUGAUGAAAAUUCCAAUAAUGCCUUACACAUAGCUGUGCAGCAUAGCAAUCUGCACACAAUUCGGUGCCUCUUAACAGAAUCAAAUAUCAAUGCAGAAGCAUUAAAUGGAAAAGGUCAAAAUCCUUUGCAUGUCCUGUCUCAGUAUGGGAAAGAUAAUGCAGCCGCAAUUUUUGAAUUGUUUCGCGAGGCAAUGCCUGAUUAUCCAAUUGAUCAGCCAGAUCUUGAAGGAAAUACAGCCAUGUUACUAGCUUAUAUAAAUGGGAAUGGAACCUUGUGUCGAGCAUUAGUGAAAGCCAAUGCCUGCUUAGGAGCAACCAGUAGACAUGGCUGCAGCAUCUUUAAUGCCACAGUGGCUUCUAAACAGUUACUCUUCAAUUUACUAGACAUGUUGUCUAAAGAGCCACCCUGGUGUGAUGGAGAAAAUUGCUUAGAAUGUGGAGUCAAAUUUGGCAUCAAAACUCGGAAGCAUCAUUGUCGCCAUUGUGGUCGAUUAUUGUGUGCCAAAUGCUCAACUCGAGACAUGCCAAUUGUCAAGUACAACCUCAGCAAGCCAGUUCGUGUGUGUGACAUUUGCUUCGAUGUGCUAAGUCUGGGGGGUUCAUUCUAG